AAACUUUUUAUUCUAUCUCUUACUUUUUCUCCUUCUUUUAUUUCAUAUACCCCUUUCUAUACUCAUUACUCUGUCUAUCCUCUCUACGCCAGUUUCAUACUUUUUUUCUCUACUCUAUCCACUCCGGUCUCCCACCUCGAAGUCUUAGAUACCUUGUAUUCGUUACUCUAUCUAGUCGCCUCUCCUUCCCAGUCGUGUUCCUCUAUCUAUUCUCAAAUAACCCUCCUCUGUUACACUCUGUCUGCCAGUUAACUACCAUCUGUCAGUCAUAAUUUCUUCUUACUACAUAGUUCCUAGGUAACUCAGUAUCAUCCAAUCUCCAUAAAAUAUACACAUUCGUUAGUAGUUUAACAACAACAACAAGAAGUUUGUUCUUGUUUUGUAUUUUUGUAGAUUUGUUUUUAAAUUUUACUUUACUAUAUGGUCAACGGAAGAUUACUUUCAGAUAAUUUUAACAACUGGAUUACCUGUUCCAAACACUGACUGACAGACCUGCAGAUAAACAGACAGCCAAACUACCACCAACCCCGUCAUUAUACACGCACAACACAUAUAUUCACGCUUAUAAACACCCGCAUCCGCCCCCUCUCUCUAUCUGCUUAAACACAGACAAUAAGUACUUAAGAAAAAGAACGGGAGAGAAAGAAGCAAAAAAGACAAUUGGCAGGGUUUCUUUACUUCUAUGACUGAUCAAAGAAUUCGGUAAGUCGCUGUUUUUGCGCAGGCUAUGAACAGCUCUGGGACAACUAUCCAAGAAGCCGGACCUGUAGCAGGGGCCACACUCAGACCCUAUCUGAAAAGGAAGAAAUCAUCUUUAGGUGAAACCAAAGUAGCUGUAGUCGGGGCAGAAGGUGUCGGCAAAAGUGCAUUGUCUGUCCGAUUCCUUACCAGAAGGUUUAUUGGAGAAUAUGAUCAGUCAUCAGACACAAAAUACAAACACAAUGCAGUUGUGGAUGGAGAAUCUGUAGCUUUUGAAAUAAUGGACACAAGAUCUUUGAACCAAGAUAACGGAGCUCGGGACGAUGUGAUCCGCUGGGGUGAUGGAUUCAUGUUGGUUUACUCAGUGACCAGUCGGACAAGCUUUGACAUAAUUUUAGAUAUUCGACGGAAAAUCGAAGACGUCAAAAAAGCUGCCCAUGUCCCGGUGAUUGUAGUUGGUAACAAAGCUGAUAUGGCCCAUGUCCGUCAGGUGACACAUGAUGAAGGUCGUCUGCUUGCCAUUGAUUUUGGGUGUCCAUUUAUGGAAGUUUCAGCAUCAGAAGAUGUUAACAAAGUGUUAGAAUCUUUUCAUAUUCUCUGCAGAGAAAUCAUCGAUUUUAAACGUAAAUCUCGAACUUUUCUUGAUCGUGUAUUUGGGUUGAAAAAAUCAUGACCUUCUUGUAGUGCUAUGCAAAGAAAAAGGAAAGGAAAUUUCAAGAAAACAACAAUAACAACAACAACAACAGCAAAAAGACAGAAAAAAAAAUGACAAGACACAAGCAGUUGAAAUUCAGAUAAGAACGUAUUUUUAUGUCUCUUCUCUUUAUCUACAAAGAAUUUCAUUGCAAAAACGUGACACCGGUUUGUGGAAUAGCUCGUGACCAUCACCACUGCCGAGUGUUGUUGGUGAGGCUAGUGGAAUAAUCUGUGACUCUAGUGGAAUGUGUGCACACAUAUAUAGAUAUAUUGUUGCUUAAUAAUUCUGACCAGGAAAUCUAGGGGUGGGUGGGGAAACCAAAAAA